GCAUGCGCAGCAGCGCUUCGACGUCCAUUCUCUAAAGACAUAGUCAUAACGAAGCGGGAAGACAGUUCUAAUGAUUCCAUGACUCUCAUAGAGGCAGGGAUGAGUGAAAGUGACGGAGAUCAAAGAGUGGAAGCAUUAGCGAUUAUCGAGGUAAAAGCGCGCGAGAGAAAUACCGACAUAUGUGAACGGAGCCCCAAGGAAAAGACAGAGCGGAGUGGUCAGGAGGUGCAUCCGACUAACAAUGUUCAGAACAAUAAUCCCAGCCUGAAAGAAUCAGAUAGCAUUAACAAAGAUGCGAUUGAAUUCGUAGGAAAGAAUGAGACCGAUUCAGGCAUUAGCGCAGAAGAACACAUUACGUCGUGCAUUGGGAAUGAUGGCAUUGACAUCCACAAAUCCUAUGAUGCUUCAGAUUCUGAGGAUCGCAGUGGCACUAUUUGGUCAUCUAGAUCAAUCUUGGAAUCAGGAAGUAUAGAGAAAGUUUAUACGACUGAACUUGGAGGAGAGAAUGGGAGCGAUACAUGUAGUGACGCAGAGGAACGCAAAGCUUUGAUCCCUGAGAAUGGCGAAAUUGGUAACAUUCUUCAACCUUCUGCUGCUUCAGAUGGAAAUCGAAAUGGAGAUAGCCGGGGCAGUUUCGGCUCAUUCGGAUCAAUCCUGAAACAGUAUUUCAAACCUAUACUCCAAGAACACGUCUUUUUAGUCACUCUCCCCGUAGUCCUUCUUCACGCCUAUAUUAUCAAAGCAUGGGUUCUCUUUCUCGUGCCGCACGCCGAGCAAGUUGGCAUCAUCCAAUCAAGGGCUGUCCUUCUAGCAUCUAUUAGUGGCAUCGCUGGUCUCAUUGGCCGAACCAUUACCGUGGUCUUACUGGCCAAACAGACGGACAUGAUUCCCGUGUACAUCAUAACCGGUGCGAUCUGCAGCGUGACGUUUCUUCUAGAUGGCUUCGGUGACGGUUUCAUCAGCCGCGCUUGUCUGGCCUUUGUCCAGGGUUUCUGCUUGUUUACUCUGGAUACAACCAUCUUCGGAUUUCUGAAAGUCGCGGUGAAGAGGGAAGAUAACUUCAGUACGGCCUAUGGAAUUAAUUGUGCAGUCGUCGCCGUCGGGCUCAUCGCCAGUGGGUUUGUAACAGGAGCUCUGUUUGAUGCCCUCCAUUCAUAUACCAAGGUUUUCAACAUCAUUGGUGUCGUUCAGAUUAUAUUCAUCGCUAAUGUUAUUCUCAUCAAAAUCCUUUUAAAGAGAAGGUCCAGUUCUGGUAAAGCUGAACAAUAGUUUGCAAUAUUUUGUAAACAGCAUAUACCAUAAAGAACACUGCAUUCCAGUAAAAAGUUUGUAUAUUAUGUCCCAUACUUAAUGACAAAAUCGUACGGGGAAAGGUCAUUUUCAUAUGCAGCCACUUUUGUAUGGAAUAACUUGCCGGAAUAUCUUAGGAGUAUAGAAACAUACGAAAAGUUCAGAAGUAGUUUGAAAACAUAUUUAUUUAGCACUUUGUAAUCUCACAAUUAUGAACUCAGUUCACCAUUUCCAUUCCAUCUGUAUUCAGUUAUGUAAAGCGCAUAUAGAAACAUGCGAUUAUGCCCGAGUGUCAUGCGCUAUUCAAAAACGUUUGAUUCACAUUAUCAGCAAUAUUUGGCGUUCGCAAAGGAAUUACUGUCGAUCCGGUCUGGCGAAGAUGUUACUACGGAAGGUAACGUUGCAUGGGAGGUCGUGUGCAGUAUCUUUGCAACUACGUCCUGUGUUCAAUCCGCAAUGGCUACAACACCCUGUCACUCACAGUCGUAAUAAUCAAAGAAAAGGAAUUUUCUGUUGUUGUUGAUGUUGUUUGUUGUGUUCGCUUUCAUUUAUUUUCUAUUAUUAUUAUUAUUAUUGCAUUUCUCUGAGGAAAUGGAAGCCUUUUGAUUUUUACCGUCUGGCAUAGAGAUAUAAUAUUCAAUUUAAUUGUCUAUUUCCUCUGAGACCAAGCUUAUAUCUUUUCAGACCAAAUCGAAAUGAACGAAAAUUAUCAUUUUCCUUGUGAGGCAUCACAACAUAGAUUAAUUCUUAUCAGAAAGUUAUAAACCCUUUUAAUACAAAUGACAUUUCUUGUAACACAACACAAAGUUAAAACCAUCAAAAGCUCAUUGAAGUACUUUUUGAUUAGUUAGUAUUGUAUGUAUCCCCUUUUGUCGUAUGCGAACACGAAGAACAAAUUAAAUUCAUUUGUUUUAUCACGACUAUUGAGUUUGAUUUGCUGUGUUACCUUGGCUCUUCGAUUCCACUUCUUGAAGAAUGUUAACUGUGUAAUUAGUUUGCUUUCUUUCUUUGAUUACUUGAUAUACGUAAGG